AUGGAUUGGGAAGAUAUUGACAAGAAAAAAAUCCCUCAAUCCGAGCGGCAGCCUACAAUUCGCCAAUCACGCAAGCCGAUCAUGCAAGCCAUCAAUUUCAUGGAUGUUUGCGAUGUCUCAGCUCAGCGUCAGACCUCCUUGAGGCAUUUUUGCGGUUGGAUAGAGAGCGGAAGCGGGUCUAGCGAGCGACUCACCGGCUAUUCAAUCAGGGGUCGUCUGAAAGAGCAGAGGUGGCCGUUCUGCGGUGUGCUGCGUGGCAUUCGCAAACCGAAGCCUGAGACAAAGAGCGGCCAGUAG